GCGCACCGGUUUGUUUGGGCGCGUAAACUACCAGUUCUCAGUUUUUCAUUGGUUUUGGCGGAAUAGCUCCAGCCACACUUUUAUUUAUCGAAUGCUUCACAUUGUUAUACGUUUAUACAACAAAAGAACAUAUAAUUUGCAAAUGAGCAAAUAAAAAAUGGGUCCAGAGGAUAAGAAUCUCACCUUAUCUCAAAGCAAAUAUGAGCAUACAGACAAAAUUUGCACGAGGAGGAAAGCCCUUUUCCCCAAUGAUGAUUGUGACAGUGAUCUGGGGGUGAUGAGUCCAUUGCAGAACAGUGACUCAAAUUCCUCCUGUGAUGUUGCUGUGAAUGCAAAGAAUUUGAACCACUUCAGCUUCUUCAGAAACAACAUUGAUGAUUAUGUGUUGUUCGAAAACACAAAUGAAGAUGCCAGAUUGUAUCAAAACGAUCUGGAAGCAACUCCUUCUACAAUCUCAACAAAUGCAGAUCUGUAUAUGUCUCCAUUGGUGGUGACUCCAGGACAGAGUGUCUCCUCACCACUGACGUACUCUCCACCGCAACCGGUGACACUGCUAACGCCAAUCGGCAAAUCUCCUACAUCGAAAUUGAAGACACCGCAUGACACCUCAACAGUGAAAGUGAACAUUAAACAUCAGAAACGAAAGCUGCAGGAAGAGCUUGUUGAGGGAGAUAACGUUGCUUCGCCGGAGACGAAAACGGCGAAAACUGAAUCAACGAAUAAAUCGAAAGUUCGCACUGCUCUAUUCCCUGAUUACAUAGUGCCGGUCAAAUCUUUCUAUCCCAAAGAGAGUCAAACGACGAAACGGAUGUUAGGCAAAUACACCGAAGUUGCUAGAGAUACGAAAAGGAAGGCGGACACCACUUAUCUGUGCAGCAGACGUUUGAAGAACAAGAACAGGUUUGGACAGAUAAACGCUGGUGUUAAGCACAAGAUCAAAAAACCCAAAAAGAAGGUUCUAUCCAAGCAGGCUAUCAUCAAAGCCGCCUUAAACAUCAUGGAUAAAUCUCCGCUCAACGAUUACCUAGAUCAAGUGGCGUGCGUGAAAACGACGAUCUCGCCUAAGCAGAUACAAAAAAUGGACCAGAUUCUUGGCAAUCUCGAAUCCACGCAAAUAGAAGGAGUAGAUGAUGAUAAGAUUGAGGAGGAUGAGGAAGACGCAAAUAAGGAAAACGUUUGCGCAAAUGAGAACGUUUCGAAUAAAAGAUUCUUCAAGUCGACACGAAAUUCGGGCAUCGUGACUAUAAAUAAGAAUAUCAAGUUGAAGGUGGGCGAUGGAAAGAUGAAUCUCUUGCAAAAAAAAGCGACGAAGAAACGGAAAAUGCCUGAUUACCCGGAAUUCAAUGUGGAUAUCGACAAUAUUUUAGACACGUUGAAAGACGAAUCGAACAAGUCCGAUUUGAUUCUGUCGCCGACGUCGCAGAUGUGCGACAUGACCUCCGGAUUGGCAAUUCGAAGCCCGAAACGAGCACGGCUUAAUAUUAACGCCCUUUUAGACGAAUCUCAGCAGCAGCAGUUGACUGCAACUAAAUUAAAUAAUUUCUCUGUAGAUAUGGAACAACAACAACAGCAGCAACAAGAACAACAACAACCCAAGUUAUAUCCAAUAUUUUAUGGGUCUAGCAAGACUGCGGAUGACGCCGAAAUCAAGAAACCGGUGAAUCAGACUAAGAAAUGGCAGAAGUUACCGGAGAGUCAAUUGUUGCUGGAUGCUGGCCAAAAACGUUUCGGUUUGACGCAAUGCAGCGAAUGCCAAACGGUUUACCAUAUGGGCGAUCCUAAUGAUGAAAUCGAGCAUUUGAAUUACCACAAUGCCACAAACAUAUUCAAAUUUGCUGGAUGGAAAAAUGAGCGCGUCGUCAUGAAUAUCGAUCAGAACAGUAGGAUUAUCAAAGUCCAACCUGGAGAUUCUAAAGCUUGGUGGAAGAAAAUUAAAGAUCUUGUUGAAGUGGUCAAUAGAGAUUUAGGAUUUUACGAGCUGGACUUCCCAGUGGAUAAAUCAAUUGUUUAUUUAUUUAUAAAGAAUAAAACUAUUGUAGGCUGUUUAGUAGCUGACAUCGUUACUACUGCUUACAAGAUGUUGUCUAGCACGAGCGGCGUCGAUCUGUGCUCGGAGGAGAGUUACAAAAUUAAAUGCGGCGUAUCGCGAAUCUGGGUUUCUAAGAAUCACCGAAGAUCAGGUGUGGGUACCGGUAUGAUGAACAUACUUCGAACCACUUUCUUGCCCGGCUUCAUAAUGACCCUCGACGAUAUCGCGUUAAGUUCCCCGACCGAAUACGGGAAGCAAUUCGCUAAAAAGUACUUCAAAACUGAGAACUACUUAAUUUACAUGUGAAGUUUAGAGAAAUGUUUUUGUAUUUUGUUUUUAAUUUAUUAUUUUAGUAUUUUU